AUGGCAUCCUAUCGUCCGCCCAGACAACAGGCCCGUCCCUAUCGCUAUGAUGAUGAAUUCCAAGGGCCAGAGCCUGGGAGAUCUUCUGAUCCUUACGAUGAACGAGAUGCACCACAGCCCCGUAGAGUCAGAAGAGAACCGGCCAUGGAGGCGCCAUCUGGAUCACCACCUCGCCGUUACAAGUCAGAAAGGAGUCGCCGCCCAAGGAGUUCUUCAAGGCCGACUUAUCCUGACAUGACGGACGGCCGAGCGCCCGAUCCCCGUUCUCGACCCCGCAGAUAUGAGGCAGAUCGUCGGGGUCGUAGUGCAGGACCUGACCGUCAUUCACGAGAUCUCAGCCCUCCGCCUUUCGGGCCACCUCCGGACUCGCCACGCCGGAAAGCCAGAUCAGCUCGUCCAGAUCGUGACUCUCACCAUGGUGAACGAGAGUACCGCACAUCUUCAAGAGAGCCGCGGCCAGGCAGGGAGCGCGAUAUCCCCAUUCGCAGCAAGCGGGGCUCACGAGCUGACAGGGAUCAUCGAUCCGAUCGCGAAGCUCCGUCCUCGAAUCCUUACGACCGCGAACCAUACGGCCGAGGCGCACCAGUGCGCACACACCCAGAUGAAUCUCGAGAACAACGACGGCCUAAGACUUGGGCUCCUGACCCGGUCUCGUCUCGCCGUGAUGGGAAAUCUGUACCGCCAUCUCCCCGAUCGCGUUCUCGAGGCAAGGGAAGAAGGUCAAGGUAUGCAGAAACUGACUCGGAUUCGGACGAUGACCACUACGCUGCUGGGGCCGCCGGAGUAGGAGCUGCCGGGGCCGCUGCCGCUGCGGGUCGUCGACGGCCAAGCUCACAAACAAGAGACCGCCGUGGACGGCCUUCUGGUCAGUCACCAACACGAGGUCGACCGCCUACUACACAGAGCACUCGCGGGCCCCAAACAGGCCGCCGUAACUCUAUGCCUGCUACUACCAAGGCUCGCGCAGCGGCAUGGUGGCAGAACCCUUUGGUUCAGGCCGGUGCUCGUACUGCUUUCACUGCUGGUGCUCAAGCUGCAAUGAAGUCAGGUCAUGAAUCAGGACCAUGGCUGGGCCCCAAAGGUGCUAAGGUCGCGACCGCCGCUCUUGGUGCAGCCUUAGUUGAUGGUUUCAUGGGCCAGAAACACCCCGAUAGUACAAGACAAAAGCUUAUGAGGCACGGCGUUGACCUGGCUGCAGCCCAGACUACAAAGGUUCCUGAACAUCAUGGCCGCUCUCGGUCACGACAUGGCCGUCGUUAG